AAUCCUUUUCACUCAGACUGAACUUCCGAAGUUCGCUGCUCGCAUCAAGUAGAUCCAAUAAAAAAUCGUGCGAGAACCUUCAAGUUAGCUUGCGUACUAACCUUCCCUUGAUCAAGUCUACUAAGACGAAAAUCAAUGUUGACCACAUGUUUGGAAUCAUAAUCAUUUUAUGUACCACAAGCACUCUGUUCACCUUCGGAUGUUACGUCUGCUGUUGUCUUUACCUCUUCUCUUGGAAGUAGCCUUCGAAGAUUUCAGCGACGUCAUACUCCUGAAACUCUUCGCACAGCUUUGGAGCCGCCGGUGCUUUCGUUCGCUCACAAAGAGUCAUAUGUCAAAGAACGUGGUCAUCAUUGGUCAAACUGGGGCGGGGAAAAGCUCCCUCAUCAACAUGCUUUGUCCCGGGGCCAAUGCUCCUACCUCGAACGACACAACCGGUUGCACACAUGUAGAAAGGGAGUAUCGAUGUGAUCUCGGGGACAGAUUUUCUUGUCAAGUACACGAUACAAUUGGUCUUGAAGAAGGGCGUUGGGGCUUCCUUUGGGCCCCGAAAGCGGAAAGGCGGCUCAUAACGUACUUGAAGAAGAUGAAGAGCCCGCACCUUCUGGUAUACUGUAUUCCGGCAGGGCGAGGCCUCCUGAAGAAAUCGGAUGGGCGCAACUACCAGAAGUUCAAAUCGGCGGUGGGCAAAAAUGUGCCGGUCGUAGUGGUUGUCACCCAUUUGGAGAAUUUUAGAGGUCCCUUCAGUAGUUGGUGGUCGAACAAUGUGGACAAACUCAAAGCGGUCGGUAUUCCUGUGGAUACUAGGCAUGCAUGCAUCACUACGCUACCCAAGGCUGACCUUCAUAUCCUUUGCAUGGAAGAAACACUCUACGAUAAUUCAUGCGCGGAUGUCAAAUCUCUCAUCAGACAUAUUCUUUCCAAAAUGUAACGGUAGAUCCAUAUAUCACGGUGCAGUCUACGAGUCCACUUCAUCUUCAUGUUAUGAUAGACAUCUCACUUACCAAUCACUCACUAUAUAGCUACGUCAUGAUGCAUGAGUGCUAGAGCAUCGAUACACUACUGUGAAGUCAUAAAUAUUUGUAUGUGUUCACUGUUAAUCGAAUCCUCAAGGCCUCACAA